AUGUUCUCAGCAGAGCUGGACGAAGACGCCGACGAGGAUGAUUCUGAAGAUGACGAGCCCGUGCGCGAGAUACAACAGCGAAAGAAACGCAAGAGCAGGAGGCCGAGACAUGACAAAGAAGGGAAUGAUUCGGUGCAAUCAACGCCAAGAGCGUCACGGUUUGCUUCCUUCAUACGCGACCACCCAAGAUCAGGCUCAAACAAUCGACCAGCACCAGCGCGACGAGCUACAUUCGAUGAUCUGCCUACCUCAGGUAGAGCCGGAGGGGUGUCGGAAGAUGAGGGCCGCGACAGAAUCCGCAACGCCCUGCGCAAAGGACUGGAAGGAGCAAGGGGUUUGAGCUAUGUAGCGCGAAAGACCGCCGACGGAGAGAACACUGACGGUAAACGACCGGGCAACCUCCGACGUAUCACGGGCCUCGGAGGUCUAGAUCAGACAAAUUCUCCUCAUCGUCCUAGACCUGAUCGCAACAACAACUCUAGCGUCCAGAAAUGGCGACAAGUAAAGGCGGGACUGCGCAUGCUUGGUCAGCGUAAAAAGGAUGAGCGAAUGCAGGUCGAUCACCAGAAAUCAGCACAAUUGAUGGCAGAAUUGCUAGCUGGGGCUCCCGCAGCAUUGAUCUUCGCCAGCAUGUUCCAGCGGGACGAGCAUCACCACCGCAAGGUACCAGUUCUUCUGGAGCAACUCAAUAUCAGUAUACCUGACGUCCAGAGUCGGACCGACAAGAAAGGAGAUCGUGACUACAUCUAUGUGAUUGAUCUUGAAUACGGAAAUGGCCCAUCUCGGAUGAAAUGGACAGUACAUCGCUCCGUAAACGACUUCGUCAACUUACAUCUGAAAUACAAGGCGCAGGGAGCAACGGACAAAGUCCGUCACCUCCGCGGUGAUGACAAAAGCAAGGCUAAGAUCCCUCGCUUUCCGAAGAGUGUCAUACCCUUCGCUCGGGGUGUACGAGGUCUUUUUGAAAAGGUCGAGGACGAAGAGGACGAGCAAGACGCCGACGGUGCAGCAACCGAUGGCGAAACAACGCCAGGCCCUGCCACAACUUCGAACAACAACUCAAUAAGAAACGGCCCCGAGAGGCCAAAAGGGCACAAGCGGCGCAAGUCAUCGUUUGCACCUGUCUCGCGUAUGAAUACUGGUGAUCUCACAGGUGCGGAUGCGGAAGAUUUGACAGCCCGGCAAAAACAACAGUAUGCCGAGCGAUCACGUCAAAAGCUAGAGACAUACCUCCAACAAAUGAUCCGAUGGCUCAUUUUCCGAGCAGACAGUACUCGUCUAUGCAAAUUCCUCGAGAUCUCCGCAAUGGCAAUUCGCCUUUCAGCAGAGGGCGGCUACCAGGGGAAGCAGGGACUGCUUCAGAUUGCCUCCCGGAGACAUCGCGAGCUUCGAAGGAAGACAUUCGAAUCUCUCGGUGUGAAGGCUUUCAAGGAGCGUCACAAACGUCGGUGGUUCCUUGUGCGCCACAGCUAUAUCGUCUGCGUUGACGGGCCAGAGUCCCUUCAUCCCUACGACGUCUUCCUUGUCGACUCAGACUUUGCAGUCGAGAAGCGUAAUCACCGCAUGAUCGAUCAAGAGGCAGACGGCAAAUUAGCAAAGGACUCUGCCGAUACAGGGGCUCAGCCAAAGAAGGCCCAUUUGAUCAGACUGUACAACUCAGAGCGUUCAUUGAAACUCUAUGCUCGGAACGAAAAGCAAUACAAUCAAUUUGUGGACUCGUUGAAAUUCAUGAUGUCGAACACAAUCUGGGCUCAAAAACAACGCUUCGGAAGUUAUGCCCCAGUCCGCAACAAUGUAUGGGCACGCUGGCUCGUCGAUGGCCGCGAUUUCAUGUGGCAGGUCUCACGAGCCAUAGACAAUGCCAAAGACUUUAUCUACAUCCAUGAUUGGUGGCUGAGUCCUGAACUAUACAUGCGAAGGCCAGCUGCGAUCAGUCAGAAGUGGCGUCUUGAUCGUUUGCUUCAGCGCAAGGCCCAACAGGGCGUCAAAAUCUUUGUUAUCAUUUACCGAAACAUUGAGUCUGCCAUCCCAAUCGACUCUGAAUAUACCAAAUGGAGCUUGCUUGACUUGCACGAGAACAUUUGCAUCCAGCGGUCGCCCAAUCAAUUUCGGCAGAACCAAUUCUUCUGGGCCCAUCACGAAAAGCUUGUGGUCGUUGACAAUAUGAUGGCUUUCGUCGGCGGUAUCGAUCUUUGCUUCGGCAGAUGGGACGAUCCUUGUCACUCCCUCACCGAUGACAAGCUCACCGGCUUUGAGGCUGAUCACGAUAACCCUCGCGAUGCUGAACAUUGCCAAGUCUGGCCUGGAAAAGACUACUCGAAUCCUCGAGUCCAGGACUUUUAUGCACUCGACCGGCCGUACGAGGAAAUGUACGAUCGGACCAAAGUGCCGCGAAUGCCGUGGCAUGAUAUCUCUAUGCAAAUGGUCGGGCAGUCUGCGCGCGAUGUCGGUCGUCAUUUUGUACAGCGCUGGAACUAUGUUCUUCGAUCUCGCGUUCCUUCCAGACCAACGCCGGUACUGAUGCCGCCCCCCGAAUUUGAGCAAGAAGAACUCGAUCGCCUGGGCAUGACUGGAACAUGUCAAGUUCAAGUCUUGCGUUCAUGUUCACCAUGGUCUAUCGGCACACCAAACAAAGUGGAGCACAGUAUCAUGAAUGCAUAUUGCGCCCUCAUCGAAGGCUCAGAUCAUUUCGUCUACAUCGAGAAUCAAUUCUACGUCUCAAGUUGUACCGUCGAAGGCACAACGAUCCACAACAAGAUCGGAGAUGCCAUUGUUAAUCGCGCAAUACAAGCGCAUAGAAAUCGGGAGGCAUGGCAAGCCUGUCUGAUCAUUCCACUCAUGCCAGGCUUCCAGAACAGUGUCGACUCUCAAGACGGCACGAGUGUGCGUUUGAUCAUGCAGUGCCAAUAUCGAAGUAUCUGCCGCGGUGACACGUCGAUCUUUGGACGUCUUCGUGCACAAGGCAUUGAACCUGAAGACUACGUUCGCUUCUACUCUUUACGCCAAUGGGGCAAGAUUGGUCCACGAAAGUCACUUACAACCGAGCAACUGUAUAUUCAUGCCAAGUGUAUGAUUGUGGACGACAGACAUGCCAUAAUUGGAUCCGCAAACAUCAACGAACGCUCUAUGCUUGGCUCCAGAGAUUCAGAGGUUGCUACCAUUGUGACUGACACUAGAAUGAUCCCCAGCUUCAUGGGCGGUCGACCAUACGAUGUAGGCGAAUUCCCUCACACUUUGCGCAAGCGUUUGAUGCGCGAACAUCUAGGUAUUGAUGUCGAUGCAAUCUACCGACGCGAGCAAGGUGCUGCUGAGCGUGAGGAGCAGGAUGCGGAGAUGUCGCGAAUAUACGAAACCGAUAGAUUUGAACCCUCCAAGGAGUAUUUCGAGACACCGCCGACAACUCCUCCUGCACAUGAAUCACAUUCGAGCUUUGCUGGUCCUUCCACAUUGAAGCCGCAGAGUGGUGCUAAUGCGAACGAUGCGGUUUGGUCGGAAGAGGAUCAGCUCGAAGAGAUCUCUCAUGAAAACAGACUGGAUUAUCAGCGCGACCUCGAUGUUGCUGGCUACGGGAUUGAUAACAUGAAACUGGUCGUCGAUCACGGCGAGGACGCGUACAGAGACUCCUACAUUGAUCAGCGCGGCCGUGAGGUACUCUUGAGACAAGACGCACCAGAAGUUGACCGCAUAAAGAUGCUGGAAAAGAAAGAAGCUGCACAAGUCGACAUGGCUGCGCGGAAAAGUGAGCUCCCAGCUCAGCCUCCAUGGCCCUUGGGUCGUUUGGACACAUAUCACCUUGGCCUGCCCAAUCGCUCUCAGCUCCCAGAGCUUCCGCCCCUCGAUGAUACCGACAUUGGAGGUCCAACUUUGACCCGCGGCAUGUCACAAGCCUCGAAGAAAGUUAUGAAUCCUCUGAUCACAUCUCUCAGGCGACCAGAUGUCCACGAGGAUUGUAUGACCGACCCAAUUGUGGAUGGCUUUUACCAAGACGUAUGGCACAAGGUUGCAGAAAAUAACACGAAGCUCUUCCGACAAGUCUUUCGCUGUCAGCCCGAUUCUGAAGUUCUGGACUGGAGGACUUACCACAAGUUUAAUGAAUACAAUGAACGUUUCAUGCAGGCGCAGGGCUUGGGAGUAUCACAGCAGGGAGUAAACAAGGAUGCUCCUGCACAGUCAGGCCCACCCGGCUUCGCAGAAGCGGUCGCUAAAAGCGCGGCUAUUAAUGCGCAAAAGGCAUUGGACAAGUCUUCGAAGUUGCGUCCCGAGAGCAAGAACUCAGAGGGAGCCCCGACGACCGGCGAGGAACUGAACGAAAAGGACGGGCUCAACCCCGGCAUGCCUGGAUCGCCAGAGACACGUGCUUCAAGUGUUCGCACUGCUCUUCCUUCGCCAUAUCAGGGUCCAGUGGACGAUAGAGACAGAGAGAAGCAGGAAGAACAACUCGAUGAGAAAUCGGCACUUAGAGGAGAUGGCACGAUAGGCCGCGGACGCACCGUCCAAUACACUGACACAAAUUUGAGUAGCCAUGAAGCUCAGGCAUCUGCGCAGACCGCCAACAGCUCCACACUACAUCCGAGCGCUUCCCAAAAGCGCCGUCGCCGAGCCAACACCAAAGGCAGCAUGAAAGGCGUGCCUGAAGAAGUACUCGGUAGAGACGAGGCCGAAGAAUUGCUCAAGCUUACACAAGGGUCCCUGGUCCUGUGGCCUUAUGAUUGGCUGGAGAAGGAAGAAAGGGGAGGGAACUGGCUGUACAACAUCGACCAAUUGGCCCCUCUCGAAAUCUACGAUUAA